UUUAUUUAAAGAUUUCUCAAUUCUCAAUACCACAGCAGAAUACUAGGGUAACUAAUUAACAGACAUACUUGCAGACAUACUUAAAUUUCAUUGUUUUAUUUUGACAGCACAUCUCCACCCAGAAAUAUUAGGGAAAUGUAUGCCCAAGGAAUCGUUGCCCUGUUUCCAUAUCUUCGUGAUCCCUACACAAAGAAUGGAUAUGAACAUUAUUAUGACCCUCAAAGUGGACAAGGUUACCUGACUUGGAAAAUAAAGAACAUUCAGAGGAACAGUGCAUCAUCAGAGAACUGUAGACGUUCCUCACAGUCUUUCAGUGGUGGCCCAACUUCGGAAAGAGAGGCUGCAUCCAGCACAGAUGUUAUUCUCACUGAAGAACAGUGUAGAGAAGCAGUUUCUCUAAUGAAACACACCUUAGAAGUGGACACCAUCAAGAUCAAAAUGAAGGAGACAUUUCAGUACCAUCGCAAGAUGAUUCAAGACCCGAACAGAAGCACUGAUGUGUUGACGGAAUUUCCACGCUUCUUGGAUGUUCAAGGCCUGAUUGAACAGGAUUUUGUUUUGCUCUUUGGUGAAAAGACGACUUCUAAGCUUUUAGAAAGGUGGCCAACUACAUUCAUGCACAAAGUUAUUCAGCAAAGCAAAAGUCUUAACUCCUCCCAAGCUCUUCAGGACUUGAUUGACUGUGCCGAAAUGACUGUGAAGGAGAAUGAAAUAGGGGAUGCAGGAUGGAACAGUGACAUUGCUUCUAUUCUUCUUUUACUUCAUUUGAUCCCACCUUCACCACAAGGCAGAAAGAGACCUGGAAAGAUGUCCGCAUCUCAAGCAGAAAAACACCUCGUCAUCUUCAAAAAGGCCGGUACUAACAUACAAGAGCACCUGGACUCAACUGAAGAAAGCACACAGCCAUACCUGCUUGCCAUGGGUCCAAAGAAGAACAGCAUUCAUGUAUACUACAUCAUUCUCGACAAGAAAGCCAUACCGUGCAAAUCAGUGAGUGGUCUCAGUGCCUUUGAUGAACUUUUUAAAGCGCACUUUGUGUUUGGUGCAUCUUACAGCAAAGUCCUGCACAACAUGUACACCUUUGUACAAACAACAGUUUUUCAGAUUGACAUUGGCAAAGUCAAAGAGUGCCCAAGAGUUGCUGAACUCAGAGCUAGAUUCCUGCGUUAGAUUUGAUUGCUGGGAAAAAUGAUUUGUUUUGUUUGUUUUUGUUGUCUGAAAAACACAAAUGUUCUUGUACAUGGAGAGGAGAAAUCGGCCUCCUUCUAUAAAACUGGAUGACGAGAGCAAUGAUUUGGGCAUAAAUGCAAUACAGUGUUGGUGUCUACUUCGAAAUGUGCCGCUGAUAUUUGGUGACAUUGUGCCCCAAGACGAUAAAUACUGGCAAUUACUACUACUUUUACUACAAAUAGUGAGCAUUGUAUUUUCUCCCAUUUUAACUGAAGGACUUACUGUUUAUUUGAAACACUUAAUUACUGAGCAUCACAGGCUGUUCAAGUGCUUAUUCCCAGGAAAGAAUCUGCUGCCUAAACAUUUAAUGUGUCACUACCCUCGGUGUAUACGAAAUAUUGGGCCUAUUGUUCAUAUGUGGUCAAUGCGAUACGAGUCCAAACACAAUUUCUUCAAGACUCAACCAAAAUGUUUCAAGAACAUAACUAAGAUGCGUGCCAAAAAACAUCAGAAUUUUAUGGCAUAUAACUGGGAAGCCUUUAACCAUGACAGAAUUGUACUUGGACCAGGAAAGAAUGUCUGUGUCAGUGAAUUGAAUGAAAGUGUUCAGAUUGCAUCUAAGUUGAACAUUCCUACAGAAACAAAUGUUCUCUCAGUGAAAUGGGUGAAGUAUAAUGGAACUGAAUAUCGUUCUACCUUAGUUAUUUGUGGUCAGGUAGACCUUGAUUUGCCAGUGUUUUAAUAAAAUCAGGGAUAUUAUUGUCAGAAAUGAAUGCGUGUUACUGGUUACAUCGCAGCUCAAAACUGUUUGUUUUGAUGAACAUCUUUUUGCCUACAGAAUUGAUCACAGACCCAGCACAUCUCUGUGUUUACUGUCAGUGAACUCACUUAUUACAAACCUUUUGAUGUGCAGAUGUCCUAUGGGUCUGAUAAUUUCUUUUGUUUUGUUGUACCCUACUGUAAUCUUAUUCAAAUUUAGCUGUCACUUGUUCAUGUCUCUGUGAAGUUAAUGAGUUUGUUUUAUCCAUUUUGUAUUUCUGUGCAACCCCUCAUGAAUUUGACUGAACUGUUGAAUGUUGUUUUAAAGUAGCCACUUUGCCCAGUUUUUAAAUAAAAAUUAGUUGUUA